UAUUCAGUCUUGCAGGCGCCUCUGGCGGGCUCCGCUGAAAUCCACUCUUUCGGCGCUCGACUCGCCCGUGCUGCUGCGGCCGCCGAAGGAGGGGCAAAGCUCAAGAUGGCGGACAAAACGCCAGGCGGAUCUCAGAAGGCCAGUUCGAAGACCAGAUCAUCAGAUGUUCAUUCAUCUGGAUCUUCAGAUGCACAUAUGGAUGCAUCUGGACCCUCAGAUAGUGACGUGCCAAGUCGGACACGACCUAAGAGCCCAAGAAAACAUAAUUAUAGGAAUGAGAGUUCCCGUGAAAGCCUUUGUGAUUCUCCUCAUCAGAAUCUCUCAAGACCUCUUCUAGAAAACAAACUGAAAGCAUUCAGUAUUGGAAAAAUGAGUACAGCUAAGCGAACUUUAAGUAAGAAGGAACAAGAAGAAUUAAAGAAAAAGGAAGAUGAAAAGGCAGCUGCUGAGAUUUAUGAGGAAUUUCUUGCCGCUUUUGAAGGAAGUGAUGGUAAUAAAGUGAAGACAUUUGUGCGUGGAGGUGUUGUUAAUGCAGCUAAAGAGGAACAUGAAACAGAUGAAAAAAGAGGUAAAAUUUAUAAGCCAUCUUCAAGAUUUGCAGAUCAGAAAAAUCCUCCAAAUCAGUCAUCCAAUGAAAGACCACCAUCUCUUCUUGUGAUAGAAACCAAAAAACCUCCGCUGAAGAAAGGGGAGAAAGAAAAGAAAAAAAGCAAUUUGGAACUCUUCAAAGAAGAAUUGAAACAAAUUCAGGAAGAGCGUGAUGAGAGACAUAAAACAAAAGGCAGGUUAAGCCGAUUUGAGCCUCCUCAGUCAGAUUCUGAUGGUCAGCGUCGUUCUAUGGAUGCGCCUUCAAGAAGAAAUAGAUCAUCUGGUGUUCUUGAUGAUUAUGCACCUGGCUCACAUGAUGUAGGGGAUCCAAGCACUACUAAUUUAUAUCUUGGAAACAUUAAUCCACAGAUGAAUGAAGAAAUGCUUUGUCAAGAAUUUGGAAGAUUUGGACCAUUAGCCAGUGUGAAAAUUAUGUGGCCUAGAACUGAUGAAGAAAGAGCAAGAGAGAGAAAUUGUGGCUUUGUGGCCUUUAUGAAUAGAAGAGAUGCUGAAAGAGCUUUAAAAAAUUUAAAUGGAAAGAUGAUUAUGUCUUUUGAAAUGAAGUUAGGUUGGGGUAAAGCUGUGCCUAUUCCUCCACAUCCAAUAUACAUUCCGCCCUCUAUGAUGGAACAUACGCUUCCCCCACCUCCAUCAGGACUGCCUUUUAAUGCGCAGCCUAGAGAGAGGUUAAAAAACCCUAAUGCUCCAAUGUUACCGCCACCUAAAAACAAGGAGGAUUUUGAGAAGACUCUGUCGCAAGCCAUAGUCAAAGUGGUUAUCCCAACAGAAAGGAAUUUGCUCGCCCUGAUACAUCGAAUGAUAGAGUUUGUUGUACGUGAAGGGCCAAUGUUUGAAGCUAUGAUUAUGAACAGAGAAAUCAACAAUCCUAUGUUCAGGUUCUUAUUUGAAAACCAGACACCAGCCCAUGUUUACUAUAGGUGGAAGCUUUAUUCUAUUCUGCAGGGAGAUUCUCCGACUAAGUGGCGGACAGAAGAUUUUCGUAUGUUCAAAAAUGGAUCUUUUUGGAGACCACCACCAUUAAAUCCAUACCUGCAUGGGAUGUCAGAAGAGCAAGAAACAGAAGCUUUUGUAGAGGAGCCUAGUAAAAAGGGAGCACUUAAGGAAGAACAGAGGGACAAAUUAGAAGAAAUCCUGCGGGGGUUAACUCCAAGGAAGAAUGAUAUUGGAGAUGCAAUGGUUUUCUGUCUUAAUAAUGCUGAAGCUGCUGAAGAAAUAGUGGAUUGCAUUACUGAGUCAUUGUCCAUCUUAAAGACACCCCUCCCCAAAAAGAUUGCCAGAUUAUAUUUGGUUUCUGAUGUUUUGUAUAACUCUUCAGCCAAAGUUGCCAAUGCUUCAUAUUAUAGAAAAUUUUUUGAAACAAAGUUAUGUCAGAUAUUUUCAGACCUCAAUGCUACGUAUCGUACAAUUCAAGGCCAUUUACAGUCUGAAAACUUCAAGCAACGGGUAAUGACCUGCUUCAGAGCAUGGGAGGAUUGGGCAAUUUAUCCAGAACCAUUUUUGAUCAAACUACAAAAUAUUUUCUUAGGACUUGUAAAUAUUAUUGAAGAAAAGGAAACAGAGGAUGUACCAGAUGACCUCGAUGGUGCCCCCAUUGAGGAAGAGCUUGAUGGUGCACCUCUAGAAGAUGUGGAUGGAAUUCCUAUUGACGCUACUCCCAUUGAUGAUCUUGAUGGGGUCCCUAUAAAGAGUCUUGAUGAUGAUCUUGAUGGAGUGCCUUUGGAUGCAACUGAGGACUCAAAGAAGAAUGAGCCCAUAUUUAAAGUUGCCCCAUCAAAAUGGGAAGCUGUAGAUGAAUCUGAAUUGGAAGCACAGGCUGUAACAACUUCUAAGUGGGAGUUAUUUGACCAACAUGAAGAAUCAGAAGAAGAAGAAAAUCAAAAUCAAGAAGAAGAAAGUGAAGAUGAAGAAGAUACUCAGAGUUCCAAAUCAGAAGAACAUCAUUUGUACUCUAAUCCAAUCAAAGAAGAAAUGACUGAGUCCAAGUUCUCUAAGUACUCUGAAAUGAGUGAGGAAAAACGAGCUAAACUUCGUGAAAUUGAGCUCAAAGUUAUGAAGUUUCAGGAUGAAUUGGAAUCUGGAAAAAGACCUAAAAAACCAGGCCAGAGCUUUCAGGAGCAAGUAGAACACUACAGAGAUAAACUUCUUCAACGAGAAAAAGAGAAGGAAUUAGAAAGAGAACGAGAAAGAGAUAAAAAGGAUAAAGAAAAAUUGGAAUCUCGAUCUAAAGACAAGAAGGAAAAAGAUGAAUGUACUCCAACAAGGAAAGAAAGGAAAAGACGACACAGCACAUCCCCUAGCCCGUCUCGCAGUAGCAGUGGUAGACGAGUGAAAUCCCCUUCACCCAAAUCGGAGCGAUCAGAGCGUUCAGAAAGAUCUCAUAAAGAGAGCUCACGAUCCAGGUCAUCUCACAAAGAUUCUCCUAGAGAUGUUAGCAAAAAGGCCAAAAGAUCACCAUCUGGUUCGAGGACACCUAAAAGGUCUAGGCGAUCACGGUCUAGAUCCCCUAAAAAGUCAGGGAAGAAAUCCAGAUCCCAGUCCCGAUCUCCACACAGGUCUCAUAAAAAGUCAAAGAAAAACAAACACUGACAUAAAUUUUUAAGAUGCUGUCACUUAUUGGAAAUGCAAUUUUGUUUUGUGCCUGAAUGGUCUGUUUUUUUAAAAAAAGAAAACAACAAAAAAUCAAAUGAAAGAGCAUUCCUGGAUUUUUUGUUUUUUUGUUUGUGAAUGCAUGUGUAAACUCAUGAGUAACUGCAUCUGUAGACCUGUCAUUGUUUUAUAUUGUAUAAAUUACUUUCGUUGUGGCUGUUUCUCAAGAUGAAAUUUUUAUUGUGCUAAUGAAUUUCAUCAGAAAUGUGUAUAAUGGAUCUGCUGGCAGUAGUAGUAUUUUGUUUUAGGAUGUUGUGACUUAGCAAAAAUAAUACAGAUGUCUUCUCCCCUUUUGUAGCUUUGACAAUUUGAAUUAGAUUUCAAAUAAAAUCUGAACAGAAAACUAUAAUGUUGUUUUUUUGCCCUAUUGGUGACAUCAAGUCCCUUAAAGUUCUACCAAGUGAGUUUAGCACUUCCGUUGUUUCUUAUACUUAAUGCACUUUAUAAGCUCCACUGGUCAAGUAGCUAAAGUUUUAUAUUUACUAAGAUGACUAUCAAAAUUAAGGGACCUAAGACUCCUAUUUGGUAGGUUUGCCAACCAACUUCUUUGAUGAGGUUAUCUUGGGUAAUACUAGUCCCCAAAGAUCAAAAGACUAGGGAAAGGUGGCAUGGUCUUUUUUUGUUAAUGGUAUGCCUGGCUAAAAUAUUUUUUCUUUUAUCAAAGAAGCAGUAUGAUUUCAGUGUACUCAGCUUGUAUGUCCUGAGCAACUACUUUUUUUUAGGGACAAAUUAAAUCUCCAUCUUUUGAUUUCAUCUUCUAUCAUGAAAGAAGUUUAUUUAUAAAAUAAAUUUUCUAACAAGAGUUGGCCAUAGAAGUUUUUUGUAUGAUAAUUGCCCUUUUACAUCCCCCUGUAGGUUAUCUUUCAAACAUUGGUAUCAGUAUAUUUCUGCAGAGUUCUUUUUAAAGCACCUUAGGUUUUUGUGUUUUGUUUUGUUUUGUUUUGUUUUUAGAAUUGAGUUUUAGGUUUAUCUUUAAGUAAAGCUUAAAAGUAAAAUAGUUUUCAGGAAACUUAACAUCCGGUAGUUUGUAAAUUCAAGGUGCAAAAAGUUGAUUUAAACGAUUUGCCUAGUUAAAAUCUGUCAUACAAUGGGAAUAAAAUUGUUGCAGUAUGAGGAAGAAAUAAGGAAACUUGUAUAAUGUUGAUCAUAAUAUUGCUAUCAGUAUAAUGUAAUAAAGGGUUAUGUAGACUUGAA